GCGGCCAUGCUCGUCACAGCAAGGCAUGUCCAUUGGCCAGUCGUCAGCCAAUAGGGCCUCGCUUAGCCAUUCGUGCCUGAGCUUCCACGGUCCGUUCAUCUGUCUGUCCUGUGGGCUGACUGGUCUCCGUCAGCCAUAUUUCCAUUUCUUCACCGGGCAGAGAGGUUUGGUGGGGUGAACUGCCCACCUUUGAUUGACAUCGUCCUUAAACUCAGGAGUCUUGCUGUACAAUGUACGGCAACGGGUAUCCGAAUCAGACGAUGUACCCAGGUGGGAGACAAGGACGGGACAGACCAAACUUUGACUCUUUUCCGGGGCAAGGGCCACAAAAUUGGUAUCCAAGGGGCCCUAUGAGUAAAAAUGUUAUGCAAGGGAAAGGUUCAAUGGGCCCAGGGCUGAUAAGCAACAAUGCUCCAGAGCACUGUGACACAGGCAGCCAUAUGCUACAAACUUUUAACAUGAAUGGAUCCCAUAAUACCAUGAGGGCUGGGCAGCCACCCCGGUUUCCCAGAGGGGAUCAACAAUUCAAAAGCCGCUUCUGGGCCAACUCAAAUCAGCAGAACAAUGGCAUGAAGCAGGAUCAGACUAUGAAGAACAACCUUAAAAACAAACAACCUGGGGAAAAUUUGCGCAAGCCUCAGUGGGAUCUCAAUGUUCUCCAACAGUUCGCUAAGGACUUUUAUGUUCCUCACUCUAAUGUGGCUGGCAGGUCAGAUGAUGAAGUGAGAGUGUACCGUGAGAGCCGUGAAAUAACAGUGAAGGGAAAAAAUGUUCCCAAUCCCAAUCAGGCUUUUGAAGAAGGAAAUUUCCCCGAGUUUGUCGUGCAGGAAAUUCUCAAGCAGGGGUUCUCUGAACCUACACCCAUCCAGGCUCAAGGAUGGCCCAUUGCAUUGUCUGGCCGUGACAUGGUUGGCAUUGCUCAAACUGGAUCUGGAAAGACUUUAGCUUACAUGCUGCCAGCUGCUGUGCACAUCAGCAACCAGCCUCAACUCUCCCGGGGAGAUGGUCCCAUUGCCCUGGUGCUUGCCCCAACCAGGGAGCUGGCGCAACAGAUUCAAAGUGUUGCCCGUGACUUUGGCUCGUCAUCACUAAUCAGGAACACCUGUGUGUUUGGCGGUGCACCCAAAGGGCCUCAGGCUCGUGAUUUGGAACGAGGAGUUGAAAUUGUAAUUGCCACUCCUGGACGCCUGAUUGACUUUUUGGAGAGAGGCACCACCAACCUAAGGAGGUGCACUUACCUUGUGUUGGAUGAAGCCGAUCGCAUGCUUGAUAUGGGCUUUGAGCCGCAAAUCCGCAAGAUCAUUGAGCAGAUUAGGCCUGACAGACAAGUGCUCAUGUGGUCAGCAACAUGGCCUAAGGAAGUCCAGGCUUUGGCUGAAGAUUUUCUUACUGAUUACAUUCAGAUCAACAUUGGAUCUCUUGAUCUAGCUGCCAACCACAACAUUCGUCAGAUUAUUGAAGUCUGUCAGGAGCAUGAGAAGGAAGAGAAGUUGUCAAAGCUCCUGAGAGAAAUCAAUGGCAAGGCUAUUGUGUUUGUUGAAACGAAGAAGAAGGUGGAUGAUGUUACAAAACUGAUCCAGAGAGAAGGCUGGCAAGCAAUCAGUAUUCAUGGUGACAAAUCUCAGCCGGAGCGUGACCAUGUUCUUGCUGAGUUCCGCAGUGGCAAAUCGAAUAUCUUGGUCGCAACAGAUGUAGCUGCGCGAGGCUUGGAUGUGGAAGAUGUUAAAUUUGUCAUCAACUUCGACUACCCCAACACUGCUGAGGACUACAUUCAUCGCAUUGGACGUACUGGUCGAUGCCUGCAGAGUGGGACAGCGUAUGCCUUUUUCACCCCUAACAACCAGCGCCAGGCUAAGGAAUUGAUCGGAGUGUUGCAAGAGGCCAAUCAACCUGUCAACCCUGCUUUGGCUGAAUUGGCUAAUAUGGCUCGCAGUCAAUAUGGAGGACGCAACCGUUGGAACAAGUACAGUACCAAGGACAAUUCAAAUGGUGACCGUAACCAAAAUCGCCAAAAUGGGCAGAAUUGGCACAGCAACAACAAUGAUAACAGGGUGAAUGGCAUGGGAAAUGGCAUGGGCAACAACUCUCCUCGUUUCAGUGGGCCCAAUGCUAACAACUACCGCAACCCAGGUGAAAACCGUGGAAACUACCAGAAGAGUGGAUUCCAAAAUGGAUACCAGAAUGGCUAUGGCCAGUCAAAUGGCUACCAUGGGCAGCAGAAUGGCUAUCAUGGACAGCAGAAUGGUUACCACAAUCAGAACGGAUUUGCCCAAAAUGGAUAUGGAGGCCAGAAUGGCUACCAGAACAACCGCGGAUUUGGUAAUCAAGGUGCUCGCAGCGGAUUCCAGAACAACCGUUACAACAACCGAUACAACAACAACUAUGCCAACAGUCAAGGAGGCCACAAUGGUCAAAUGUUCAACAUGCCGCCUCCAUUCAUGAUGCAGCCAACAGCUGAUGGUGGCGUGCAGAGCCUGAUCAACAACAAGUUUUUCCAGACCAACAGGCCCCCACAGGCCAGCGGAGCCUGCGCAUACCAAAGUAUGUCUCCGAGUGCUUAUGGAGGCUACCAGACCCCAGUGGCUUAUUACGGCUACUCUCAGCCACAAGCUGUGCAGCAGUAGAUGUAUUUUCUCUCUGUAGCGAGCUAAAUUGGCUCGAUGUGUGGUUUGCUUUACUAUUAUUUUGCUCUAUAACACUGCUAAUCUAACUUAGAAAAAUGAUUUUUAACUAUUUUUUUUCCUUGGUUGUUAUGAGUAUUCUAGUUUAGGAUGACAAUUCUUUUAAUAUCUACUCAUUAAACUGAUGUCUUCCCUCCAUUCAAGUAUUUGGACUGAGAAAGAUUUGUUUAUUCCAUUGCCAUUAUUUUUGUGUUAGGGGUCAGUUAGAUCAGCUGUCAUAAAUAGUAAUCUAGUUACCUGAGAGCUGCAUAAAGUUACCUGACCCGCUGGCCGGGCAGUGUGCCCUCCAGACGCAAUGUGAUUUGACAUACUAUCACCAAAGUUUUCUCAUUAUCAUUUAAGCUGAGUACUCUGCCUCUGGUCUAAAUUGAUCUUUAUUUCCUUAUAUAUGUUUGUUUCAUGGAGUCCUCUGACCAGUCAAAUGGCACUCAUUCUGUACAAGUGAAUAUAUAGUAUCGGUAAUUGCUCAUGAAGCAAAGGGGAUAGUCAAGGAUUAACUGUCCCUUCUGUCCUGUGAUUUGUUUGUAUAUAUUGUUGGCAAGAUUUGAUGAGCUCUCGGCAGUUGCUGAUUAACUGUACGAAACUUACAGUCUCAUGCUUUUGUCAGUCAUUGUUUUUCUGAGAUCUGGGGAAAGUAUUCCCAUGUAAAACGGAGCGUCAUAGUAUCUUCUCCAUUGUUCAGAUCUUGUUUCAUAUUCAUCUUGCGUUUCAAUUUAUCCUGAGUUGAGACGCAGUUUUUCAAUGUAUAUGUGCAGACAAUUAUUCAAUGUAUGUGCAGACUGUUCCUUCUUCAAUUUUUUUUCUCUUUGUCUGUUUCCCUUUUACAAAUUGAUUUUAAGGGGGGUCUGGAAGUGAGUAGAUUUUGAAAGAAAACUUAAAUUCACUCUUAUUAUUAAAUAUUGGUGUGUGGGACAAGCACUAUUUUUGUCAUUUUGAUCUUACAAUUGUUGAACCAAACAAAAGCUAUGUAAGACCACAUUCCAGUUAUUGUAUAUUUCCUUUUUGUCGACUAAUUGUUAUUGUAGUUUUCCAUAUUUCUGUAUGCUGUUGAGAUGCACGAAACAUUCAGAAGGGGGGAGGGUUGGGAGGUACGACCACCUAGUUUUUAUUUUGUGUCUGUGGACACUGCUAGUACUGGAAAGAAACUAUUUUUUAAUAAAAAAAAAUUGUUCAAUGUAUUAAGAGGACCAGAUGUGCAUCUGGUUGAUGAGAGUACAUUGUUAUUUAUCUUUUUGUUGAGGGGGUAAAUGAACAUGACAACCGGUCUUUGACUGAAUUGUAUGUUCUUAGGGCCUCUGUUAGGCUUGAAUUCUCUUAUGUGAAGAAAAUUGUGACUUUAGGUCUACAACUAUUUAUUUGCCCAAGGACUUCACACUGUUGGAGUCUAUAUAUGUUGAAGUGUAUGGCUUUUUUAUUUGUUUUUUUUUCUUUAUGAAAAGAUAUUUAUAGAUCUUGAAAGCGUUCCUUAACCCCCUAAAUGAUCUGUCCCCCUCAAGGGUCGUGUACAUAGUUAUGAAUCAGAGUUCAAUAUUAUGUGUAAAUUAUUGUGUACGUUUGAGUCAUUCAUUGAUUCAUUCUCAAUUACACUUGUUCUGUGAUAUGUAAAUCGUAGCAAAUAAUUUUAACUUAAGUUGCAAGUCCAAGAGAGAAAGGUCGGUUAGAACCAUGCUAUUGAGUAUUUUGCUAUAGGGAACACUGUUAAUGGUCCUACUGUACUCUAAGUACUGAUUGUGAUAUUUUCUUCAAAAGACUGAUACCUGAAAGUGGUAUGCUUUUAUUAAGACUUCUGCUCUGUGGCAGGGGUUUAUUUCCCAGCUUAAAAUUGUCACGUGUGUUGGAGUUUGUGCAACUCUGGCAUAAAUGUUUUUUACAAACUUAGUUAUAUGAAAGUCAAAACCUUGUGAGUUGACUUAGUUUUAUGGAGCUCACUCCAAUUUUCUGUUAUACAGAUUGACACAAGGUAACUUAAAGCAUUGGUAGUUGGCAGGAGGAGGGAUGAGUGCUGGUUCUGGCCGUGAGGGGGUGCAUCACCUCCGAUGCCCUUCCACACUCCAUCGCCUACCUUUCUCAUUGGAAAUGGCAUGCCGUUUAUCUGAGGGCAAAUUCGUUUGGCAGUCCUUGUGAUUGUCGAGUGUUGAUAUUUGCUCUGUAUUACCUAAUGCAGAAACUUGUUUUGUUCUUGUUCUUUUAUUGAAAGAAAGGAAACAUUGUUUUAGUCAGUUUCAUUGCUACUAAAUUAGCAGUUCAGUGAUUUGUUAACUGCUUUUGUUUUUACCAUGACAUAUUGCAGAUAUGAAAACAUGUUUGAUUGCGAUACGAGCGACCCUUGACUCUGUGAUGGACGCAUCUUCCUAAGCUGAAGGAGCGGAACUCUUCUGUUCGUUUCCUCUGUGCAUUUCUAGUAUGUUAUACAGUAUUAUGAUAGUAAAUGAAUAUCACCUGAAUGUAUGUUUUGAAUACUAUGGCAAAUGAAAAUAUAUUAAAAUUAAAUCAUUUGCUGUGUGCGAGCUGUAAGAUGGCUCACAGUUCAUGAUUUAAGAAAAAAAAGAAAUAAAGAGUACAUAUAUAAUAAAUUUCAUCUUAGCCCAA